AGAGCCCGCCCCUCCUGACGAGCAGCGAGGGCGGGCGCGCCGGAGCGCCGCGCGGGAGCCGCUCGCUCGGGCCGCCAGAGGCGCCCCCCUCUGCGCGCGGCCCCCGUCGCGGGGCGCCGCCCCCUCCGACGCCGCGCGCAAGCCCGGCAGAUGGCGGGGCGCCCGGCGCUGGGCGGCGAGGAGGUCGCGCGGCCGCAGUCGCCGCGCUCCGACGCGGCGGGCCAGGACGAGUUCGCGGAGGCCAGCGCUCCCGGAUUGAGCUUGAGCGGUCGGUCCAUUGGCCGCCCGCGCGAUGCGGCCACAUCAUUCUUCCACGACGUAUGGUACGACCUCACGGGGCGCAUCUCCGGCUGGGAAGACUCGCAGAUCAAGUGCUUCGAGGAGAUCAAGGGCAUGGUGGUGGACGCCUCGAAGGAGCAGCAGUCGCUGAUGGAGGCCUCGGGCCAGCGCCAGGAGGAGCUGACCCGGCAGCUGGGCGACGUCGCGAGGGACAUCGCGAGGCACCACGCGCUCGUGUCUGAGAUCCUUCUGCGGCGCGCCGCCCACGAGGAGCCCGGGGGCAGCAAGCAGACGGAGACGGCGUCGCAGGCGACCAUGACCUCUGCCCGGCUCGGGGCCGGAGCGCCCGGUGACGACAGCGCGGUGACCGGAGAGGCGCCGUCGAUGCCGCCUCUCCGGCUCAGUGCGGAGGCGCUCGUCGGCAGCCGUGCGGCGACUGCGGAGACGGCGUUGCGGGUGACCCCCACGCCUGCCCAGCCCGCAGGGGGAGGAGCGCACCACGGCAGCGGCGCGGCACGGGUGCGCGGGGGCGUCUCGCCACCAGCCGUCACUUCGGCGGUGCUUGGCAAGAAUGCCAGGCGGGGAUUCGGUUUGCAGGGCGAGGAUCACCAGUGCGUCAGCGAGGCCACGACCGAGCGGGUUGAUCAGCGAGUUGAUCAGCGCCGCCCCAAGCUGCGUCGCAGGUCGUCGUGGAACUCUUUGGAGGAGCUCAAUUCCGUUACCCGUUGUGCAUCAGAGUCGGUCGCGAGAACCAAGGAAGUGUUGGCAGAAGUAUAUUACUCGGCAUACAUGAGCAUCAGCGAGCCUGAGCGCACGGGCUUCCUCGCGGCCCUGGAGCGGAAGUCGACCUAUUUUUUCAAUCUUGUCAUAUUCAUAAACACGUGUUGGAUGACAUGGUUUGUGAACCAUCGGGCGCAGAAUCCAGACGACGAUCUUCCGUGGAUGUUUCCUAUCGAGAACGUGUUCUUGACAAUCUACCUGGUAGAACUUGUCCUGCGGAUAGCUGUCCACAGGCUUUAUUUUUUCUGCAACGACGAAGCUGGCUGGAAUUGGUUAGAUUUUGUGAUUGUUUUGGUCGACUUCGUGGAGACGCUUCUGGCAGCGGGGACCUCCCGGGGGCUCGGCUUCGUGCGCGUCCUCAGGACUCUGAAGGUCACCAGGGUGUUCCGCGUUUUCCGGCUCGUUCACUUUCUGAAGGAGUUGCGCCUCAUUUGGGAUUGUUUGAUUGGAUCUUGCCGCUCACUCUUCUGGAGUGUCGCUAUGAUGAUGUUGAUUAUGUACAUGUUCUCUAUUGUCUUCGUGCAGGGUGCGACGACGUACCUGCAGGAACAUGUCGAAACCGACGGUCCUGCUCUGCGUGGUGAUGGUUAUCACGGGAUGGAUAGCAGGGAAAUCCUCAUCGCUAAGUUCGGUUCGAUGAGUAGUUCUGUCCUCAGUCUUUUCGCAGCUGUGACUGGCGGGAAUGAUUGGAUAGAGCUGUACCACGCGAUCUCACCUGCCGGAGAUUCGUAUUCGUACCUAUUCCUAUUCUUCGUUGCGUUCUGCCAGAUCAGCUUGCUCAACAUCCAACUGCCUUCGAACGCUUUGGUGCUUGCUCAGCCCACCGCAGAACAGAAGGCCGUGCAAAAACACAACGAUGAGAUUACCUUGACGAAAGAUCUCCACAAGUUGGUCUCACCCUUCGACUCGCUGGGUUCUGGCCGCAUCUCCGUGGACAAGUUCUUCGCCGAGGUGGUUGGUACCCCUUUGCAUUUUUACUUGCACUCGAUUGACGUCAGCGUGAGGGAGCUCAAAGCCUUUUGCGAGUUCAUUGGUGCAGACAAGCGGGGCACGAUCAGCGUCACCUCACUCGUCCACGGGUGCACCCUGGUGCGAGGCAACGCCCGCAACCUGGACAUGCAGCGAGUCCUGCUGGACGUUAAGCGCAUGCGGCGGGAGCAGGCCGCCCUGACCCGAGCUCUGAACGUGAACGUUGCAGCGAAGCUCGAGGACAGCAACAGCACGGACUCGCACCCAGAAACGCCCAGGUCGCUGCAGUCGGAGGAUUGCUGAGCAGAGCGAACACGCUGCUCCCCCCGCUGCGUCCAUGCACGUUUUUGUCUCACUGUGUGGUCCAGCAGGCAAGGCGUCCAGGUACAGUGUAAUUCGCGGCGUGGGUAAUUGAGCCCGCAGCAUGUGCUUAGUUGCACAGAGGACUGUUGCGGAUCCCCUGCGGGCAACAUGGUGUGAUUUCGACUCUGUAGAUCUCUCUCAAUGUGCCUCGUGACGGAAGCGUCAAGAAUUCUACAUUUAAUGCAGAUUGGGGCUACGGCCCACCUUUCAUCGCCAAUAUAGCGGAUAUCCCAUGGUGGUUGGAUGGCCCAGCCGACCACACCACUUUCUCACGAUGCGGGCUGCAGGAGGCGGAGGGCUGGCGCAGAGGAGAGAGUGCGGGCGUGCAGCGCGCUCAGGCUUGCGGUCUCUAGCAUUCGACCGCGCGGCACGUCAGGGAGCUCUGGUCUCUCGCUGGCAGGUCCGCGGGGCCACUGGCCCGAGCGGCUUUGUGGCGGAACACCCGAAUCGCAUUCCCCCCCGUUGCCUUUUUGAGACGCCCGUGCUGCUAAGCACGGGACGUUUAUUCGCUUCAGGUGGACCACUUUACUGUGCUGGGCAUGCUUAUGUCUUUCAAUGUAUCAUCUCCACGCCUGCCCACCUGUUCACAAGCGAUUGUUGUCUCAUUUCGACCCAAGUACACUUGUGCGCGCAUUCGCGCACCAUUACAUUAAACGUUCCUAGCCCCGAUGGGGGGCGAAUAAACCAGGUCCUGUGAACAUCUCAGGGCCCGGGGCGCCACCUCAUUUUCGAAGCUAUCCAGUAUGUUUUGCGCUGCGGGUGCUGAGUUCUCUCAAUAUAGUUAUCGAGAAAGUGCAUGUCGCCGGCCGUGAGGCGUGCCUACCAGUCGACCUGAACCCUGGUCGUUUUGCAUGGCUGACUUCAAUUGCGGCAGAGCGUUUGCCGUGUGUUCGCGGCCGCGCCUUUUUGUGCACUUGCAGGCUUCACAAACUGAACGCCUCUGGUUCAUCGUAGGCAGCUGUCCUGACUGACGUCCAAGACUCCUUCCUUGCUUACUCCCUGAUCUACCCUCAUUUCGUCCACCUGCGCCCCCCUACCCCUGCCCAGAGUGGCCGUGUCAAGAAAUCCAGGGGAAUUCUCUCGUCGAAGCCGAGCCGCCCCAGGGUAACCCAGGAGAGCGCGCAGGGGGCAAUGCAAGGUCCUUUACAUUUACUGCGCAUCGUCAGUUAUUAAUUUGCUUCACCAGGCUGGGUGAACCCACGGUGCAUUCGAGAGUUUCUUUCAAUUAUUGUUAUUCCUGCACGUGCUUCGGCAGCCGGCGACAGCGCGUACAUUCUGUUUCAUAGCAGCGCAGUCUAGAUUUGCCCCCAGUGGAUCCUGUUUCAGGACAGUUUUCCAGAACACCAAAAACAUGUCAUUCGUUGACGCCCAUCGUUGUCA